UUUACUUGUAAUUUUUAAUGACAUACAAUCCGCUUCUGGCAACUAGUGCUAUUGCAGCCAGCGCAGCUACAUUAUAUCGCAAAAAAACAGUCGACAACAGCGGUGUUUACUUGAUAAAUGCUCCGCGAACAGCCAUAGUCGAAGGUAAAAACACCCUACUUGACAUCAUCACAGCCGAAUGCCCGUCGCUGGCAGACCCCGACAAGGCACAUUUUGUACCCACACCAUUGCUUCCGACCGCCGACUUCCAGACAUGCUACAACGCUAUUAGAGAGCGAUUCGGAAAACUCAAAAUUGUAAAAUACGAGCGCGAGCUCAUCACCACAGAGGACGGUGGUACUAUCGGUCUGGACUGGUCGCCUCCGUUUACGCAGAUGCCCGAGGAUGACCGUCCAAUUGUGGUCCUGUCCCAUGGGUUGUCGGGCGGAAGCCAGGAGACCUACAUACAAACAGCCAUCAAGACCCUCACGUCUGCGCCGUACAAUUUCCGAACUGUUGUGGUCAACUUCCGCGGCUGCGCGGGCGUCAAGCUGACCACACACGUACUGUACAACGCAGGCACCACGUCGGACUAUGACAUUGCCGUGAAGUAUAUUAAGGGUCGCUUCUCGCAGUCAAAGCUUGUAGCAAUUGGUUACUCACUGGGCGCGAACUUGAUUACAAAGUACGUCGGCGAGCAAGGCGAGGCCUGUCCGCUAAAGGCUGCCAUAUCUGUAGGCAAUCCGUACGACCUGGCUGCCUCUUCGAACGCCAUCGAGCAGCCCACUCUCCGCGGCAAGUACGUGUACUCUCCAGCCAUUCUUGAGGGUCUGAUGCAGCUUUACCAGCGCCAUAGCAAGAUGGUGGCCACGGGCCCGGUCAAGCUUGACGCCGAGGCAAUUUCAAAGAUAAAAACAAUUAGCGAAUAUAACGAGCUCAUCACAUCAAGAAUUUUUGGGUACAAGAACAGCACCGACUAUUUCCAGCAGAACAGUUGCGCCCAGUUCAUGCCCAACAUUAGCAUUCCUUUCCUGGCUAUCACCGCGCUGGACGAUCCAUUGUGUCCAGGAAGCUACAUUCCUCGCAAGAUAUUCCGCUCCAACCCGCACUUGGUCCUUGCCCUCACAAUGUACGGUGGGCAUCUGGGCUACCACGAGAGCUUGAGUCAGUCGUGGCUACCUCGCCCAAUUGCCGAGUUCUGCAGCGCUAUCUUCAACCACACGACGGCGUAAAGC